AUGCCACAGCAAGUUAACAAAUUGAGUGCCCGCACACCCGCCACAGUGUGCCAGUCACUGUACGUGAUGCCGCUGCUUCUCCUGCUGUUGUUGUUUCUGUGCUGCGCCAGUGUGUGUGUUGCGUGGGACGACGGCAUGCAGCGCUGCAUGUUCGAGGAGAUGAUCAACAGGAGUGGGAUGUUCUCGACUGGUGUUGUGCGGGAGUUGCCCCGCAAGGGACAGAGUGGUGUGCAGGCGUACACCGUCGCCACACAGAAGAAUGAGAAUGAAAGAUGGGAGCUGAUCCGCAUUGAGGCGUUCACGAAGGACUUGGAGGACAAAUCGAGGUACUGUACUACGAGUGGUGUGCAGGUCAUGAAUUUUAAAGGUGGCACGGCUAUUUGUAAUGAUGAUAACGUCCUCACCGAUGAAAAGAAGGAAACUCUAAUAAAUGAAGUAAUUCCUGCUGCUAUCAAACUGCACAGGGAUCGUCUGCUUGUGAAACCCCAGGAAGGCAAACUAAAGGUGACCAAUUUUGAAAAUGGCAACCCUUGUACCCAUUUCACUGUACCCGAUGAGCAUCGCAGUGAAGGUGUUGAGAAUGCUGACUUUGUGCUCUACGUGGCAGCCGGUACCGGAGAGCCAUUUGGUGUCACAUGUGCCCCUGCCGAAGCGUCAAGUCGCCCAAUUGCUGGUGCCAUUAAUAUUUCACCGUACACU